AUGGAGUGGGGCAAUUAUUGCAUGUAUGCUGACUUUGUCCUCCUGGGCUUGUUCAGGAACUCCAGUUUCCCUGGGCUUCUCUUUGCCAUCAUCCUCCUGGUCUUUGUGAUCUCCAUAGCCAGCAACAGCAUCAUGAUCAUUCUCAUCCACAUGGACCCACGCCUCCACACCCCCAUGUACUUCCUGCUCAGCCAGCUCUCUCUCAUGGACAUCCUGUACAUUUCCACCAUUGUGCCCAAGAUGCUGGUUGACUAGAUGGUGGGCCAGAGGGCCAUUUCCUUUGCAGGAUGCACUGCCCAGCACUUUCUCUACUUGACUUUGGCAGGAGCUGAGUUCUUCCUCCUAGGACUCAUGUCCUAUGACUGAUAUGUUGCCAUCUGCAACCCACUGCACUAUUCUGUCCUCAUGAGCCACAAAAUCUGCUUGUUGAUUGUGGUGGCAGCUUGGCUAGGAGGUUCCAUAGGUGGCUUUCUGCUCACCCCAGUCACCAUGCAGUUCCCUUUCUGUGCCUCUCGAGAAAUCAACCACUUCUUCUGUGAGGUCCCUGUCCUUCUGAAGCUCUCCUGUGUGGACACAUCAGCGUAUGAGACAGCUAUGUACGUAUGUUGCAUCAUGAUGCUCCUCAUCCCUUUCUCUGUUAUCUCAGCCUCUUACACAAAGAUUCUCAUCACUGUUUAUAGGAUGAGUGAGGCAGAGGGAAGGCGAAAGGCAGUGGCCAUUUGUUCCUCACACAUGGUGGUUGUCAGUCUCUUCUAUGGGGCUGCCAUGUACACCUAUGUGCUGCCUCACUCUUACCAUACCCCUGAGCAGGACAAGGCUGUGUCUGCCUUUUACACUAUCCUGACUCCCUUGCUCAAUCCACUCAUUUAUAGCCUUAGGAACAAGGAUGUCACAGGGGCCCUGCAGAAGUCUCCAGGGAGAUGCUUGUGCUCAGGAGGGGUAAUCAACUUCUAA